AUGAAAUUCUGAAUUCAGUUAAUUCAACCGUUAAAUCCCAAUGUGGAAAACCUUCCCCGCCACCACUCUCCCGUCGCGGAGUUGUUGCCUUCCGGCGCCGGCGCCGCCGCAACACCACUCUCAUCCCCACAAACACUUGAAGCCCAUCAUCACCCGCCGCGACCUCCUAACGUCCCUUUCCGUAAUCUUCGCCCCAUUCUUCGCUUCUCAUCCGUUUAUCGAUUCCCUAUCAGUCUCCCAUGCUCGUGGCCUCUUCCAAAUGCCUCCUUAUCGCCUCAGCAACCGGUACUUUCUGGUGAGAGCAGGGGAAUCAGAAUAUGAGAGUUUGGGGAUAAUUAACACGAAUCCAGUUGCUAAAACCUCAGUGGAUAACGGGUUGUCUGAGAAAGGAAAGAAACAGACAAUUAGGGCUGCUUUGGAGUUGAAGCAAAUGAGGGCUUGUGAAGGGAAUUGUUGGAUUUGGCCAUCCAUCACUCAGAGGGCUUAUCAGGCUGCUGAGAUCAUUGCUGCUGCAAAUGCUGUCAGUAGAAGUUAUAUAGUCCCCGAGUAUAGCUUUUUGGAUGCUCGUGGACUGGGAGCUUACGAGGGGAAAAGUUUGGAUUCAGUAUCUGAAGUGUAUGAAUCAGACAGCCUUUCACCGAAUAUAAAGCCACCUCCUAUCGAUGAUGGAACGCCAAAUGAAAGUGCUUCGGAUGUCUUUGUUCGUGUGACACAGCUUAUGUCGAUUCUUGAAACCCAAUACUCUGAUGAUACAGUGGUUAUUGUUUCACCGGAUUCUGACAACUUAACAAUCCUGCAAGCCGGUCUAAUUGGUCUUGAUCUUCGAAGGCACAUGGAUCUUGCAUUUGCACCAGGCGAAGUUAGGUUUGUUGAUGCUAGCAGCAUUCCUGCUUAUAAACAGCCCCCAUCUGCAGUGUAUAAGUGUUUGAAUCCCCCAUACUGUACUUGAAAUUGUUUUGUGAUCUCAUUUUGUGCAUGCUGGGAAAUAGCUUUCCAUUUUGUAUCAAUUGAAGAACACUAACAGCACCAUCAGUGUUUGUAUAUAUCAUACUUGAAUGAAGUUUUCUUCAAUGCCUUA